AUGACUUCCCCGCAGCGCACGGUCAAUGAUACCUUGGCUUUCAUCUCCAGGAACCUCGUCUCCCGCCAUGCUGUCGAGUCGAUGACCAAGGACACCCUCGAGAGCAGGCCGACGGACGCCGAACUCCGCCGCCUAUGCCAGGACACCAUCCUCACGAUGAAGGAGUUCACAUCGGGCCACCAAGUUGUCUCCUGCGCCGUGCCAGGGGCUGUUCGGGCUCUAGCAUUGGCCUUCGACAAGCUUCAGCAAGCAGACACGAGCAGGCUUUCGGUUAUCAUGAAUGGGGGUAUCAAGAUCGGUCGGGAGUGGGAUGAGGACGCAUUCCAGGAGAAUGGUCGGAUGAGAUUCUUCAAGGAUAUCAUACAUGAGGAGGUCCCCGGAACGCUUCUCUGGGAGGUUGAGGUCAUCUCUGUCCCCGACGGCUCCGGCGGCUGCCGCAAGGAGCUGAAGCACGACACCACCCACGUCUGGGUCCCCUUUAAGCCUGGCGCUGGCGAGGAGGGGUCUCACCUGGGCGACUUCUAUGCCGCGUUGUUCCAGGAGUACCUGAGCGUCGCGAACAAGGUGCCUGGCAAGACCUCGGCCAAGUACUUCGAACGCACCCCGUCCACCAACGAGCUAACCGUCUGGGACACCACUGGCAACCACGUCAGCAGCUUCGCCAUGGCAAUGAUGCACGUCCUGGCCGUCCGCAUUGCCAGGGUCAACCCUUCCGACGACGAGAGAACCAGCCUCCGGAAGAUGCUGCAGGACGAGAUCGUGGCGCGCUACUGGAUUGCGGAGUGCAGGGCUGAGGACAAAAGCGACCAGAAGUCCACGUUCUUCUCGAUGGGACUGCUGUUCUGGGCCAUCACCCACCCUACGGAGCUGGAGGCCAAGAUCAAGGGAUAG